CGCAGCCCGUCGCGCUCCCCACCGGUCGUCCACUCGCCGUCGUUGCUUUCUCGGAACGAUCCCGCAGGCUGGGAAGCGCCGGGGACGCUGCGGCUUCUGUCGUCGUGAUCGGAAGCUAGCGCCGCGCUCCGAUCUCUGGCCGUAUAGACAGGCAGGGGCGGCGCCCGUCGUCGUCUCGGCGGCGGCCAUGGACGACGGCGGCUCCUCGUCGCCGGCUUCGUACAUCAGACUGGUGCAGCAUCUGAUCGAGAAGUGCAUCUGCUACAACAUGAACAAGGAGGAGUGCAUGGAGACGCUGGAGAAGCACGCCAAGAUCAUGCCCGUCAUCACAUCCACCGUGUGGAAGGAGCUGGAGAAGGAGAACAGGGAAUUCUUCGAGACGUACAAGAAGGAUCGAGGAGAAGAUUCCACGCGGGAGAAUCCUUCCACGCGGGAGAAUCCUCCUCCUGACGGUGGGUCGUCUGCUUCUUCCAAGAGCUCAGCCGACGACGACGACCAGACGGCGGACCAGUAGGACGACUCGCUCUCAUGUGGAAGGACCAUCGAUGCAUGCAUGGUACCUGCCAUACAUAUAUAUUGAGAUCAGAGCUGUAUGCAUGGAGUAGCUAGCUAGCAGUAAUAAUCUAGCUUAUAUAUCACUGUCAGCAUCACCAGUGUAAUUAUGUGUGCGUGUACUAUAUUAAUUGGGUAGUAGAUUUACAGCCCUGCAUCACUUCA